AGAGCGGCCUUUCAUCUGGGCGCAUGCGCGUUCUGACGAGGAAGAUGGCAUCCUUCUCCUUUGCUGGCGCUAGGAUGGCUUCUAGGGUCGCCUACGGGCUGCGCUCCCGCUCCUGGCUCGACGUCCUUUGGCGUUGUGGGGGAGCCCGAUCCCUUAGUACGCCUACACCCGCCGGCGGUGUCGAGGAAAGCCUCAAAGACCCUUCCUUGGUUUGGACCUGGUAUGACACAUUGUCUACGUCGGUCCCAGUCGCGACGAUGGAAUCGGGUUUGGUAGCUCUGCAGGCCGCGUCCGGGCUGCCCUGGUGGUCCACCGUGUUGGCAGCUACCACCAUCCUGCGCACUGGCCUUACCCUUCCUCUCAGCGUCCUCCAGAAGCGCGUCCUCGCCAGCUUAGAAAAGUUGCAGCCUGAAAUCAAACACUUAGCCAACCAGCUCCGCUAUGAAGUUUCUGUUUCUGCAAAGCAGUACAAUUGGUCUGAAAAGGAGGCUAGGUUAUGCUACAGGAGGAAUAUAAAAAGAAUAGUUUCAGAGUUGUAUAUUCGAGAUAAUUGUCACCCUUUCAAGGCAACGCUGCUCAUAUGGGUACAGAUUCCAGUAUGGGUUUUCGUUUCCGUAGCUUUGCGUAACUUAAGCACUGGCAGAGCAGAUUCUGAAGGGCUUUUAAUUCAGCAGCAGUUUUCCACAGGGGGUAUACUCUGGUUUAAGGAUCUCACUCUACCUGACCCGACUUGGAUUUUGCCAGUCACUCUUGGACUCCUCAAUCUACUGAUAGUAGAGAUUUUUGCUUUGAGAAAAACUGAACCAUCCCCGUUUUGGAAGUAUGCUACCAACUUUUUUCGAGCAGUGGCUGUGCUAAUGGUCCCCGUUGCUUCAAGUGUCCCUUCAAUACUAGCUUUCUACUGGGUAUCCUCCAGUUUCAUAGGCCUUUUGCACAACCUUCUGCUGCGCUCUCCUGCUUUCCGUAAAUUAUGCCACCUACCUCGGACCAAGUCUGAUUCAGAUACUCCAUACAAAGACAUUGUCGCUGCUUUGUACAUGAAAUAUUUCUUUAAAUGAAAUAUAUCUCUGUUAUUGACCCAUGUGAUUAAUAUUUUUUUACAAUAUGAAGAUGUAUUUGGAAGCCUUACACUAACUUUGGUAGAGUGGGGAAACUUUGCGUCCCCUUCAGAUAAUUAUUUUGUCAGUGAGGAGGAGGCAAGAACCUUGAAAAAUACUAGCUUCCAAUUCAAUGCAUGUUUUUGGGUUAUAUGGAAUUUCUGAAAUCUUGUAGCUUUUUCUGAAAAAUCAUUUCUUGUCCUUCUAGGUCCCAUGCUUGUCUUCAUGUUAUGCAUUAAUGUCUUUUUUCUUAAUCAUUUUGGCAGCUUAAAAUACAAGCUUAUUUUUCAGUAUCCAUAUAACAAGUUCAUAAAAUCAUAAAUUGGUUUUCAGACAUUUAAGAGUGACCUAGGAGGCAGAAAAAAACAUAUUCUUUCUUCUCAGUAUCCUUUCCUAACCCCCAUCAGGUGCUGGCUCACACACUCACAUACGCAGACAUCUGAUUGCCAAACAGAAAAGAACUGUAGGGAUGGAAGGAAACAGGAUAAAGCUACAAGGACACCUCAAUUUAAGGAGCUUCCAUUUAGAGGAUUUCAGAUGCAAUUGACCAAAUUUCUAUCCAGACAUCCUCCAGAAAAUGAUAAGUCCUUUGCACUCACAUUAAUCUAGUUGAGGUGGUUAAAUAUAUAUUAAUUUUAUUUUAGUUUUGUGACACCUAUGGUGAUUUACAUCAUUUGUGUGAUGAUAUUAAGUGUUUAAAAAAAACUUUUAUUGAAAUACUAUAGCCAAUGAGCUAUAAAGAUGCAAUUAGAACAGCUGAAAGUUGGGGAAGUCUUUAGAUGAGGGAUGAUCAUCUAAGUUUAAGGAAAACAAUUUUCCUUUCUUGAGCAACUUCAUUGUUUUCUAGCAAUAACAAUAAAUGACCUGUGACAACUGCCCUGUGUCUCCACUUAUGAAAAGUACUGGUUCUGCGGUUUUGUAAGCAGCACUUUUAACUACAGAUAUACCAGUCUUAAUUUCUUUUAUCUAAAAGAAUCUAAUGGAACUUUCAUAAUGUCAAUGGUGAUGGCACGUUUCUAAUCAUAUGAGAUAGAUUUCUUUCUUAAAUUUUAAGGAAAAGACAUGUUCAUCAAACAGUAACCAUUCUCUUCAUUUUGCAUUAAACAGAAAAAAAAGGAAGUUAUCUUUUUGGCUUUGGGGCUCAUAACUUGCAACUAGCUAUAACUGUUCGAGGAAAUUAUCACUCAUUCUAUUACUUUCCCAGGGUUCAUGCUGAGCAAUUUUUUGAGACUUGAGCAAAUGAAUUUAUGCAAGAGCAGCCACAUGAUUUUUGUUUUCUUUUAUAUGAUCUUAAUAAGCAUCGUUUCACUGGCUCCAGUAAACCUAUGAAAAAGGCCCAAGGCUAAUGCAGAAUAAAGAAAAGCCUAAACAAAUUAAUAUCUUAAAAGUGCCUUUCUUUACUACUAAGCAAAGUGGCUCAGUCACACUCCCUCUUUUAGGGCCAAUGGACAGUUUUCAAUUUUUACUUAUUUUACUUUAUUACUUUAUAAUGCAAAGUACACAUUUAUGCUUUACUUUUAAGGGGUGUUCAGAAGAGAAGGUUCUGUAAAAGCGAGGGAUAGUAAUCCCAUAUAAUAUAUCCUAUCAUAUGAUAAGAUAUCCAAAUCCCUUUAGAUGUGCUGAACAAGUGGAAUUCCAAUUAAGUUUCACAUGAAUGAACUUGGAAGAAAAGUUUGAUUUAAAAAUUUAUUGCUUGUCAUAUAAGAAUCAGAAAAGUUUGAAAACAGGGCAGAACUUACCUAACAGAACUGUGGCACUCAUUAUGAGUGUUUUUACUUGCAUGUUAUUCUGAAAAAUAGCACGUCAACGGAGAACAAAAUGAAAAAUAGAAUGGAACCAGGGACUGUAUAAGAAACAGUAUGAUAGGAAGCAGUCUGACUUAAGGAGUAGAACAAUGAUACUGCAGCUCUCUCUCACAGACAUUAAAAAAAAAAAGCUGGACAUUUAUAUGUCGUCAUUUGAACCAUCUGAUGUGGAUGUCCACUGCAUAUUUGUGAUAAAUAUUGCUCCAUGCAAUAUUUCUAGAAAACAGCAAUACUUUCCUCUUUAGGUCCACGCAGUAAAUGGGGACAUAAGUGACUAUAAAUCAGCUGGUGCCUACUGGGACAGGCACAGACUACCUUUGCUAGGGAACCAGCACCAUGUACUUCUCCAAGCUCCUUUACAUCAGCUUCUUGCUGUGGCUUCAAGGUAAGGGGAAUAACAACAUCAAGCUAUGAUUAAUUUUAAUAUUUGAAAAAAAAAUCAUAGUGAUGAUU